GAGAGCGCUACACUGGUGUAGACACUCACGCGCUCUGUGUUUUAGAUUAGAACAGGUGACAGACUCGCAGGUGAGCGCCUGCAAUUCCUGACGGACAAGAUUGGUCCUCUAUUUUCCAUCAUUAAAAAAGCUCGUUGAAGACCCGUGCCAGUUCCUCCUCCAAUGUGCGAUGCCAAAAAGUGACACCUGGCCUGGGGGCGUUUCCAUUGACUCUUUGUCUGGAAUGGACAGUGCAGGAAGCUGUGAUAGUGUGCUCAGCAGCAACUCUGGAUUUAGUGAUGAUAGUCUAGAGCACCUUUCUGCUGAAGAGAGAGCCUGUCUCAUGUUCCUGGAGGAAACCAUUGAGUCGCUGGAAGUAGAAGACGACAGCGGUUUGUCUAACGAUGAGCCUGAUCGCCCAACUAAUGGCAUGAAAGAUAAAACUGUUCAGCGGGCGUCCAUCUACCAGAACAAAUCUGAUGAGCUAUCAGCCCACGAGGACCCAAACAAAGUGAUUGGAAGAGAUCGUAAACCAUCUCAGAAGUACCUUGUGCCAACUCCUUUACUCCUUGCCAGUGGGAAUGCAAAGAUAGUCAGCAAACCAAUGGAAUCAUCUCCCAAAGAAGCACCUGUGGCAUUUAUUGAUGCACCUGAUGGGUUUAGAUCAAGCCCUGACCUUCAACAACCUGGAAGGACAGUUUCCAAAGAAGCUGCUUUAAAAGUAGCACCUGCCAAACCAAGCAUUGGACUAUCAAGUGAUGUGGUGGACUUGCCACCUUCAUUCAUACCUGAACCUCCAGUUAGAACAAGUUUGCCUAGUGAAUCGAAAGCCAAAGAUGGUGCACCUAAGAGUUUGGAUGUCAAGUCUCUGCUGAAGGAGAAGAAAGAUUCCUCAGAGGUACCGCUGGAAUUCAUUCCUCCACCCUCAGACUUCAUGGAUGAACCGGAGAAGAUAAGCCUCUCUUAUUCGCCACCACCUCCAAUGGUUUACGAUGAGCCACCAGAAUGGAUUCCCGAACUCCCCAAAAUGGAGCCUCAUGUUUCUGGUGGAUCUGUCAAGCUAACCGAGGCGACCAAAUCAGUGAGCGCAGACCCAGAUACGUCAAGUGAGCCAUUAUCCCACAGUGAGACCGAAAACCUAUGCAAGGUUUCCAUGAAGAAAGCACAUCACUUGACUCCGUUAAAGGUUGCACACCAAUCUGCAGCAGACAAACCGAUGACACCAUCGCCAUCUUCAGAACAUGUGCCGAAAGAGUUCAGCGAUCCCAAAAGCCCACCGGCUGUGGCGCCCAAACCCAAGAAGCUCCCAUCGAAUAUCAUCAUCAAAAGCCACAAGGAUCCAGGCACCACGCAUUCAUUGCUUCCUCAAACCGAGCGUGCUCAGAUGGAUCCGCAGAAGAUCCGAAUGGAGGCUUUGAAAAAAUUAGGCCUGCUGAAGAACGAAGAGGUUGAAUCGGGCCACGGCGUGUCUCCUUCUCAUUCGCCAACAUUCAGAGCUAAAAAGCCUCAGUCACUUUGUAACCCAACAGAACCCGUUCAGGAACUGUCCAGACUUUCCGAAAGCCCCGUACCAGGGGAUGUGCAACUACUAGUAGAUACUCUAAAGCACCAAGAUGCAAAGAGCAGGGAAGGUUCAUUGAAGAGGCAACCGACAAGGUCCUAUGAGAUCAAAACGGCGUCACUGGAGCGCACAAGGUCUCGAACAGUCGCUGACCCUGUGCCACAGACAACGAACCCAGACAGGACCCAAGUUGAGUUGUCGCCAGGUCAGUUACGGAAGAGCAGAGUUCGACCUCCUUCUGUAGGGAGCGCAAAGGACUUUGGUAUUGGCCAUCAUGCUGAUGAUUCAACCAAAUCACUCAACGCUGCUGCGGUUCAGCCAGGGAACGAUGGCCAAAAGUUGCCCCGCUCCGGAAUAAGCGUGAUGAUCUCUCCACACAGUAAAAAUGGAGAGAAUCGAAAGGAAGCCUUGAAGAAACUGGGAUUACUGAGGGACUAAUGGAUGGUGCUACUGACUUUCUCUGGUUACUCAAUUCACAAUUUAUUCUGGGUAUUAGGAACAUUAGCAUAGAAAUGACAAGUGCUGAUGAUACAGAUUUGACAUUGUUUGUGAUACUUUUGGAUGUCGGCUUGGUGGUCGAUUUGCAUCUUUAGCUACCUGCUUAAGUAAGUGACACAACAUAAUAUUUGCACUUUCUUCUAAAUUGUUUUGUGAAGGCUGCGUCCACAUGAAUUUGGAUUAACCUGAAAACAGCAUUUUCUGCUCUUCUAUCGUUUUCCAAAAGUUGCUUGUCAACUUGGAAACAUCUGUUUAAAAUGUCAUAAAAUUGUUGAGACAGUGUUGGGAGUAAUUUACGUAAUCAGAUUACUUUUUCAAGUAGCUAGUAAAGUAACAAGUUACUUUUUCAAAUAAGUAAUGCUACUUUGUUUUCACUGAUACCUCUCCUGUCUCUGUGUUGAGAGAAAUUGGGAGGCUUAUUAAUUUCACUUUUGGCAUGAAAGGGCCUUUACAGUUGCCAAAAAUAACUAACGGAUUAAUGUGUUACUUUCAAUAAAAAGUAACUAAGUAAUGCAAUUAGUUACUUUUUAAGGAGUAACUCAAUAUUGUAAUGCAUUACUUUCAAAAGUAACUUUCCCCAACACUGCUGAGAUGAUACGAAAGAUUAGAAGUAAUAAAGUUAUCAUGCUA